AUGUGGGGCUCAGGAGAUGACGGAUCAGACAGUGAAUCAAACCAUGAUAUAGAAGCGAUGACGAGAUCGAGGAUGGAGGAUUCAAGGGUGCCACCCGUAUUAUUAAACUAUAGAGGUCUACAACAACCACAUUCACAAGUGCAACCAUCAUCUUCAGAAGGAAUUCACCAUAGUGAUGAUGGUGUGAUAACGAUAGAUAGUGAUGACGAGGAAGAUACUCGUAUUAGAAAUGAAAAUAGAUUGGAAAGACUGAUACCCGAUGGAAGGAUAGGAAGACCGCGUGAUAUGAUGAAUAGAUUUGUUAAUACAAAUGGUAGUAACCGUGCUAUCGAGGACCAAGAAGAUUUUGGAAUAAAUCUUGAUAAUGAUGAGGAUAGUCAUAAUAAUACCCGUACUAAUAAUCAUAAUGAUGACUUGGAAAUAAUAUCUGCAAUUGAUAGGCCACAUUAUGAUGAUGGUCCUAUCUAUCCUGAAAGUGAAUAUAUCGAUUUGGAUAAUGAAGAACAAACUGUAGUUACUCCAGCCAGAUCAAUACAGCGGCCAGUUAUGAUCGUUGAUCAUGCUAGUUCGACAAAUAAUAAUCCAAAUAAUGACAACAACAAUGAUAAUGAUGAAGGUGGUAAUGGUGAUGACGAUGGUAUUGCUAUAGUAGAGGAAAGGACCACACGUCCCACCGUAUUACUGAAUUUGCCGGGUGGUGAGCAAUUAAGAAUUGAUGCUACAAAUAGAGAUGCACCAAUGAGGAGCUCUUUCGAAUGGGCAGUACAGUUACCAGAGUCUCGUCAUAGAUUAUUAAGAAGAAGUGGGAGAAGAGUAGGGAACAUGAUAAGAAACUUAUUUGAACCUGAGGAUUCGGAUGAUAAUUAUAACAAUAGUAACAACGAAGAUGCCAAUGAAAGAGAGGUCCGUACAAGAUUACCGGCAGGUGUUAUGGCCGUAAGAAGAAGACAGAUUGCUACGAUGAGAGAAAUCGAACGUAGAAGAAGAGAACGAUUACAAAACGGAACGAAUAGUAGUGUAGAAGGGGUUUCUAGUGGUAAUCCAUUAUUGGAUCAAAUAAGACAUGAUAUUCAAACAUACCCACCUGACGUAAGAAGUGCGUUUGAUCAUGCACAAUCAUUGCAUGAAUUUAGAUCAAUUUUACAGAGAGUAGCACCUGUAACAUUAGAAGAAUGUGGUAGCACAUUAACAAAUCUUUACACCGAAUAUAGAAGUCACGUCAUGGAGAACUGGGCCACAAGUAGAGUACAAGCUGCAACAGAAGAGGCUCGAAGGAACCGUGAAAGACAUCCAAAUGGUGGCUCCAGAAGAGGAGGAAGAUCACGGAAUAGUCGUGGAGUUUUAAAUGGUAGACGUCAACAAUGGAAUCGUUUCCGUAGUGAUGGUACUACAUCCGAUAAUGAUGAUGAUUAUGAUGGUUAUGCUAUAUGGAGACGAGAACAAGACGAAAUGUUAAGGGCGCAUGGGUUUUACACUACUGACGAUGAUGAAGAAGAACAAGAUUCACGUUUUGGAUUUGGACCUGAUGCAGAGAGACGAGAACAAGAACGUACACAAAACAUUAUCAAUAUGAUUCAAGCUCGAGAAGAAAGAGAAAGAGAUUCACGUGUGAAGACGUUUAUGCAAAAGACCAAACAAACAGAAAAUAAAUUUAAGGAUACAGCUAGUAAAUUGCCCGAGGGGUAUAGUUCGAAUUUUGAUAGUACACCUAAAAUGAAAAUGACUAUAGUCAAGAAAGGUAAUGUGGAGAGUGUUGUUGUAGAUGAUGAUAUGACAUUAGAUACCGAGAUGGAUGUUCCCUCAUGUACGUUAUGUGGGAUUGAACUUGGUGUUGGUAUUCCUGAUUCUUUCCAAGGAUUAUUUGCGGAGGAUCAAGGCGUAUCCUUUGAAUAUUUAGUUGAAGAGUAUGGAUAUUCGUGUCCUUACCAAAGUCUUUUGAAGCCUACCCAAUUAGAUCGUGAUUUAUCAAGAAGAACAUAUGUGGCUGGAUGUGGUCAUACUUAUUGUGGUCGUUGUUAUGUAAGGAUUGAGAAUGCUAAGAGUAAAAGUAAACUUUCCAAGAAAAAACUUGCUGCGUUGAAAGGUUCAUCGCAUCCCGAUAAUUAUGGUCCAAGGAAUUGUCCAGCAAAGGAUUGCGGAGGAUUCAUAAGGGCUAGAGGUAAGAUGAGAGAGAUGUAUUUGUAA